CGUCCUUUCCCCUCUACUCGAGUCCAACUCCAAUUUUCAGAAGUCGGUUACCACUUCGCCGAAGAACAAAUUCGCUCUCCGGAUUGUCUGUUCCGAGUUGCGUAGUUGCAAGGCAAAACCACAGCGAGUAAAAGAGAAUCAAAUAACAUACAAUGGAAGCAACAGCGUUCACUCCUGCCUUAGAAGGAAUGAAACAUGUCAAGUCUGAAAAUGGAGAAAUGCUUGCUAAGCCUUUCUUGGAUGUCUGCAAACAAAUAUUACCUAUCAUAGACAAGUUUGGAGCUGCCAUGGCACUUGUAAAAUCUGAUGUUGGUGGUAACAUCACGCGAUUGGAAAACAAGUAUCUGUCCAACCCAUCAGAAUUUAAUCACCUUUACAGCAUGGUUCAAGUAGAGGUUGAAGCCAAGACAGCAAAAGGCUCAUCGAGCUGCACCAAUGGUCUUCUUUGGUUAACAAGGGCCAUGGAUUUCCUGGUAGAAUUGUUUCGCAACUUACUGGAGCAUCCAGACUGGACCAUGUCACAAUGUUGCUCUGAUUCCUAUGGCAAGACACUGAAGAAAUGGCAUGGCUGGCUAGCCAGUUCUAGUUUUACGGUUGCCAUGAAGCUUGCUCCUGAUAGGAAGAAAUUCAUGGAUGUCAUAGGGGGUGCUGGUGAUGUUAAUGUUGAUAUUGAAAAAUUUUGCACAACUUUCUUCCCGCUUCUUCAAGAGAACCACAAGUUCUUAGCAAGUGUUGGAAUGGACGACCUGAAGGCUUCAUGAUGUGUUACCGGAUUCACAGAGUUGUUGAACCAAAACCAAAAUUAGCGAUCAGUCACGGCUGAUAAUAUUUAAAUUAUCAAAUAUGUUAUUUAUCGAGUUUGAAACAUGACAAUGUGGCAUGAAUCUAAAUUUGUACUGCUUUUGGAUGGGAAACUUGUAAGGAUGCCCACUUUCACAUUCAAUUAUUAUUAUUUAACUUUGCCUCUGUUA